AUGGAUUGGGCGGCUUCGAACCUUCCUCAAACGAAACCUAAUACCUCCGUCCUCUCCGAGGGCCCCACCGCCACCCUUAACUUGGACCCGAAACUACAGCGCGAGCUGUCUCGGCUCGAUGACUCCAUCCCGUUCAACCCCAAGGCCCGGUAUCUGCAUCAUACCUGGGCGCAGACAUUCUUCUCGCGCCCGGAGUUGUACUUUCAGCCAGCUACAAUCCCGGAGUUACAGAAAGUGGUUACCCUCGCGCGGCGAUGUCGAAAGCGCAUCUGCGUGACGGGCUUCGGGCACUCGCCAUCCGAUCUCACAUGUACCUCGGCUUGGCUGAUUAACCUCGACAACAUCAAUCACGUCUUGGAGAAGGGAGUCGAUGGAACUCCGGGCCUAUACCGCAUCCAGGCUGGCAUAUCCCUUCACGAUCUGAACGCGGAACUCGCCAAGGAUGGCUAUACUUUGCCCAACCUGGGAUCUAUCGACGUCCAGUCGGUCGCGGGGGUCAUCUCAACUGGGACGCACGGGUCAAGUCUCAAGCACGGCUUGAUAUCUGAGUCUAUAACCUCCAUGACAAUCCUUCUCUCCAAUUCGCAACUAGUCACAUGCUCCGCGACCAAAAAUCCCGAACUCUUCCGAGCCGGCCUUCUCUCGCUGGGAGCUCUGGGCAUCAUUGUCGAGAUCACCAUACAAGCUGUCCCAGAUUUCAAAAUCUCCUGGUCCCAAUCCCUCCACACCUUGACCUCCGUUCUAGACUCCUGGAACACCGACCUCUGGAAGAAGGACGAAUUUACUCGGGUUUGGUGGCUUCCUUACCUCAAACGCGCCGUGAUUUGGCGCGGUUCACGAACCGAUUCCCCGGCUCGCCCACCAAACACCACUUUCUACGGGGGUCUGUUCGGCUACUAUGUAUAUCACAAUCUGCUCUGGUUGUCCAACACCUUCCCACGUAUUCUGCCGUGGAUCGAGUGGUUCGUCUUCGGCAUGCAGUACGGCUUCAAACCGGGCAGCUUCAUCAUGUCCGCGGUGCAGCCUGCCCGCGAGGGCUUGCUCAUGGACUGCCUCUACUCUCAAUUUGUGAACGAAUGGGCGCUGCCACUGGACAAGGGUCCCGAGGCUAUCACUCGGCUAUCUGCGUGGAUCAAUCAUGACGAAGCCGCCGCGCGAAUCCCCGUCUCCAGCAAGGGGAUCUGGGUGCACUGCCCCGUCGAAGUCCGCGUCACGCAUACCGGUCAGGUCACGCCCAAUCGCUCCGGCGUGAGACCGUACCUCGACCCGACCGUCCCCGAUGGACCCACGCUCUAUCUGAACGCCACGCUCUACCGGCCCUACGGCCGCGAUCCCCCUUGCCACGCCAGGUACUACGAGGCCUUUGAAUACCUCAUGCGCGAGCUGGGCGGGAAGCCGCAUUGGGCCAAGAAUUUCUCGGACAACACGUCGGCUGAGUACAUCAGCGAGGUCUAUGGCGGGGACGUGCGCGAGUUUAUGAAAAUCAGGGACGAAAGUGAUCCCGAGGGCAUGUUCUUGGGGGAAUGGCACCAGCGGAAUCUCCCUUUGAAGACUGGUGGCGCGAUGUUGAGGGAGGAAGAAGUCCGCCGGACCAAGAAGGGUCUCGGCUGGGGAUUUGGAGAUGGGGUCUUGUGGGAAGGAAGGCAAAUUGCGUCGUCGUCGUCGGCGGCAGUGACACCAAAGGGGGACCACGAAACAAUCAAUGACAAGGAGGCCAGAGAUCUCGGGGUGGAUGUGGCUGUGGGUGGUAACAGAAAGGUCGGCGACGGCGACGAGACGCCAAGUCCCCCCGCGACCACGACAAGUGAGGAGUCGUUCGACUACAUGGCCAGAGGUGAGGCGAGCGUCUACGGCACUGUGAAGGAAGGUGGUGAAUGA